AAAGAAUGACAUAGUAGUAUAGUGGAUUUAUUACCCAAAUGUGAUAAGGCCGAAACCGCCCACAUUUGGUCUUCCUUGUAUUCUCACGAACUUUUGUUGAGAAAGAUCAAAGAGGAAGAAAUGCGUGAAAAUCCCAAGCUUACCAACGCCUUCAAAGCUUCCAAAGACUCGUCAAGUGAAGAAUCAAGCGAGUCAAAUGAUUCAAAUGACUCAAGCUCCUCGGAAGAGUCAAAUGACGAGGAAGAUGAAGAGAAAGCGAUGAGAAUGAAAUAUACAGAUUUCCUCAAAUGGAAGAAGUAUGUGAAGAGGAAAGAAAUGGCCAAUGAUAAGGAGAACAAUAAUGAGAAUAGCAAAUCCAAAAGAACUACGACAGGUACUAAUGACAAGGAUAAUGGCAGCAACAAAAACAAAGCCAGAAGCUUGUUCACAAGUGCCAAUGAUAAGCAGAAUGAUAGUGCAAAAAGUUUGUUCACAGGUUCUAAGGAUAAGGAUAACUUUAAUGAUAAAAACAAAGCAAGUAGCAAGUUCACAGGUAGCUUGGGUGCUGUUCUCAAAGGAUACAAGGAGCAGGUCGCACGUAGAUUGAAUGAAAAAGCACCUAACCCACAGACCCCGACCAACAAUAAUCUUCCUUUAAACUUUACCUCUAUUCUGGACAAGCCAUCUCCUCCGACUUAUGCAGAAGCACACACCACAUCCCCUGAUAUCCAUGACUCAAACGUAGAAAGACAAGAUGAUUUUCUUGCUUCAGAGACUUCUGAGCAGCUGAUGGGGUCUGCCCAGCAUAGCACUUCUGUAUCGAGGACGUCAUCGAAAAGAACUGAGGAAAGGGGAUCGGACUUUGUGGGGGGUCCAUCGGAUGAGGGACCAUAUGAUGUUUAUGUUGUCGAGGGAGAGAUUGUACUUACAGAGAAUGCCUCAAAGGUUAUCACACAGUCUUUUCACUUACGCCUUGAUCCUGAGGGGAGCUCGUGGUCCGGAGUAACACCUGAAACAUUGAGCUUUUACUGGGAGGAAUUCAAGCAAACAUUAGCAAUGGAGUUGCUGUUGCACUUUUUCUGUAGCAAUUUUUUUGCAACGGAAAUAUGGUUGCAAACUUUGGAUGCAAUAUACUGCAAUGGAAAUACCGUUGCAAAAUGUGGCAACGGACUUUUCGUUGCAAUGCUCCUGUUGCAACCGUCCGAUGCAAUGCUCUGCAACGGAACUUCUGUUGCAUCUCUGCGUUUGCAACAAGGGUUUUUGCAACGGCUGAAUUGCAACGGAAAAGCUGUUGCAAUAACCAUUAGCAACGGAAUUAUUGAAGAAAUGCAACGAAAUGUGCCGUUGCAAUUACAUUAUAUUCUUGUAGUGAAGGAUAGCCUUUGAAAUCCUUGGGGGAACGAUAGAAGAUAGCCGUUAAAUCUUCAUUGUAAACGGUUCGAGAUAGCCGUUGUGAAAUCUCGGAGUGAAUCCUAUUGGCAAGGGUUGUUUGCCAAAACUAGUGCGGUGCUUUGACGGAGUUCAAGAGGCCGAGACUUAGUGGAUU